AUGCUGAUUCCUUAUAUUCAAGCGAGCAGAUAUGGUUUACUUAAAAGUGUAGUGUACCCUACUAGAACAUUUCAUUGCUUGCCAGUCACAUUAAAAGAUCCUUUAAGUGAUACUGUGAAUAGAGAGCGGUUGGUAGAAAUCAAUAAGAAAUGGGCCCACGAGGUCACCUUGAAUGCCAUGGAAGGAAUAUCAAAUGGUAAACAGAUGAUGAAGAAAAAGUAUAUAUUGUCUAUGUUUCCUUAUCCUUCUGGUAUGUUGCAUUUGGGGCAUUUGAGAGUUUAUGUUAUAAGUGACGUUCUGAAUAGAUUCUACAAACAGAAUAAAUAUGAUGUUCUGCAUCCCAUGGGAUGGGAUGCCUUUGGAUUACCAGCUGAAAAUGCUGCUAUUGAAAGAGGCAUCAGACCAUCUUUGUGGACUGAGACAAAUAUUAAAAAAAUGAAAGAACAGAUGAAUUCAAUGCUUGCCAAUUUCGAUUGGACAAAAGAGGUCAAUACUAGUGAUCCAAAUUAUUAUAAGUUUACGCAAUGGAUUUUUGUGAAAUUAUUCAAAAAUGGAUUAGCGUAUCAAAAGGAGUCGGCAAUAAACUGGGAUCCUGUAGAUGAGACGGUUCUUGCAAAUGAGCAAGUCGAUGCUAAUGGUAAGUCCUGGAGAUCGGGUGCUAAGGUCGAAAAAAGAAUGUUAAAACAAUGGUUUUUAGGAAUCACUAAAUUCGCUGAACAACUAAAUGAAGAUCUUGUCACUUUAAAUGAUUGGCCAAAUAAAGUUAAAACAAUGCAAAAAAAUUGGAUUGGUAGAUCGGAAGGUGCAGAUGUGAAUUUCAAAAUUCUUCUAUCUGAUGAAACGUCUUUACCAAAUAUUAUUAAAAAUUCUGGUAUUGAUAUAUUUACUACACGUAUUGAGACAAUUUUUGCAGUUCAAUUUUUAGCUAUAUCUAUCAAUCACCCAGUAGCACAACAUUAUUCUAAAAAUAAUAUUGAAUUGAAAACAUUCAUAGCUAAAUAUCAAAACGUUAACGAUCAUGCUAGUGAUUCCAAAGAAGGUUAUCAACUUCCAGGAAUAUUUGUCAUAAAUCCAUUGACAAAUGCUAAAGUCCCAGUGUAUGUUGCCCCAUAUGUUCUGGAUAAUUAUGGACAUGGCGCCGUGAUGGGUGUUCCUUCGCAUGAUAAGAGAGAUAAAGAAUUCUGGGAAGAAAAUUCAGCCGGUGUAAUUUUACCAUCCGUUUUUGAUAAGGUAUCAGACAAUGUACUCAAAUGCAUUAUGAAUGCCAAUGUUCUUAAAGAGUACCAAUCAGUUACGGUAACUGAAUGUCGUGAAAAGAUUAUAAACCAUUUAGAAGCGAAUAAUAUUGGAAAGGCUUCCAUUAAAUAUAAACUUAGAGAUUGGUUGAUUAGCAGGCAGAGAUACUGGGGGACUCCAAUUCCCAUUAUACAUUGUCAUGAUUGUGGAGCAGUUCCUGUUCCUGAGGCUGACCUUCCCGUGUUACUCCCUGAUGUUGACAGUUUAACAAAGAGAGGGAACCCAUUAUCUUCAAUUUCAAGUUUUGUUGAAGUUAAUUGUCCAAGUUGUAAUAAACCGGCAAAAAGGGAAACAGACACUAUGGACACAUUCAUAGAUAGUUCAUGGUACUAUUUUAGAUACACUGAUUCUAAGAAUGACAGCUUACCUAUCACGAAGCAAAAUGCAGAUAAAUCGAUGCCAGUUGAUAUUUAUAUCGGUGGUGUUGAACAUGCAAUUUUACACUUACUGUACUCAAGAUUUAUAUCUAAGUUUUUAAAAUCCAUUGGCCAAUGGGAUGGUACCAAAGCUGCAAAUGCAGAGCCAUUUAAAAAACUAGUGACUCAGGGUAUGGUACAAGGUAAAACGUAUGUCAAUCCUAGAAAUGGUCAGUUUAUGAAGCCAAAUGAAAUUAAGUUUACCAAUGAUUCUGAUAACCCUGUUGUCACUAAAGAUACAGAAGAACCCCUAAAUAUUUCAUAUGAGAAGAUGUCAAAAUCAAAAUAUAAUGGGAUAGAUCCAAUGACAUUUAUUUCUCAACAUGGAGCAGAUGCAACAAGAGCUCAUAUUUUAUUCCAAGCUCCUAUUGAGAAAGCCUUGAACUGGGAUAGCGAUAAGAUAGUUGGCACUGAAAGAUGGUUAAAUAAAACUCUGCAUAUUUGUGAGAACAUAAGCCAAAAUAAAACGUCAGAUAUAGAUUAUGUUCCGUCCAUCCAAGAGUUAAAUAAACAUGAAAUUAAAUUCAAUAAUGAUUUCAGUAAAUUACACAUGAACAUUAAUAUGUCUUUUAAAGAAAAUCUAUCAUUGAAUACAGUUGUAUCAGAUUAUAUGAAGAUGACAAAUUUGAUUGAGAUAGCGAAUGAGAAUUUCAAUAUUAACAAAAACUUGCUCAUAUAUAAUUUGAAAAAGUUAAUCACAAUCAUGUACCCAGUUACACCGACUAUCUCAGCUGAAUGUGCAAAUUUAAUAAAAAAAGGUCAAAACUGGACCGAUGAUGAAUGGGACCAAUAUUCCUGGCCCAAUACUGAUGAACCAAUUAUUGUUAAAGAACAAGAUUAUAUGGUGUUUGUUAAUGGUAAAAUGAGGUUUAAAUUUGCUGCUUCAACAGAUUUUGUCAAACUGGAGGAAAGUUGUAUCGUUACAGAAUUAUUAAAAACAAAUGAGGGGAAAAAAUAUUUGUUAGGGAAAACAAUUAAAAAAAUCAUAUUAAAGCAAAAAGUAAUUAGCUUUAUUGUUUAA